AGUGUGUUCUGCUGGAAUAUCUUCAGGACCAAACACAAACUCCCACUGAAAAUGGUAAUCCCAAAAACCAUGUGGCACUUUUGUGUAAGAAGUUUCCAUCGUUUCAAUGCUGUUGCCAGAUCUUCGUUACCUUCAGGAAAUGAAAAUGUGUGGGAUGCAAUGUACAAGAGAGGCAUUCCUCGCACUAUGGACGAGAUGAGCGUAAUGCUGGGAGAAAGAGUGGAUUCGCCUCCCAAUUCACGUCUUCUGAAAAUAGCUAUCGUGGGUGUGCCCAACUGUGGCAAAAGCACUCUUAUCAACAGUCUUGUUGGCAGGAAAGUGUGCAGUGUUUCAUCUAAAGUUCACACAACUGAAGUCAGUGCCCGGGCUGUGCACAAUGUAGAUUCAACCCAGAUGGUGUUCUUGGACACUCCAGGCUUAGUCACCCCACAGGAAGUCAGCAAGCACAGUCUCAAUCGUUCUUUAUUAAGAGAGGCAGAAAUAUCACUUCAUGAAGCUGAUGUGAUGGCAGUGAUCCAUGAUGUGUCCAACAAGUAUACCUGCAAUAGUUUGCAUCCCAGAGUAUUGCGGCUUUUAGCACUAUAUCCCACAACACCAAGUAUUUUAAUCUUAAACAAGGUUGAUCUAGUCAAACAUAAACAGCGCUUGUUAGAUGUAACUCGAACUAUUACAGAAGGCAUUGUAGGUGGCAACAGGUCACAUGUAGAGAAGAAGAAAGAUGUUCCACUCAAUAAGGAGAAAUUUUUGAGAAAAGCCAAGAAAACACUGCAGAGUAAAGAAACAUGCACAGAGGACAAAAUUGAAAAAAAAAGUGAAAAUACUUUGAUAACUGGUCAGAUUGGUCUGCCAAGAGAUAUCAGUCAGAUAAGUGAGCAGGACAUUCUGGAAGGAAAAGUGAGAUUGACAGAACAGGAAAUUAAUGCCUUUAUUGAGAACCGGACUGGGUGGCCCUUGUUCCAGGAAGUCUUCAUGAUAUCUGCCCUUUCUAGCCUGGGGGUGGACGACUUGAAGGAUUUCUUCUAUUACAAGGCCUAUGAAGCUCCAUGGAUCUUCAAUUCUCAGAUGUUGACAGACCAAAACCCCCAAGAUAUUGCCUUAAUGACAAUAAGAGAAAAGUUCCUAGAUGCUUUCAAGAAUGAAAUCCCCUAUAACCUCAAGUUCACAAUAGAGCAUUGGGACCUCUCAGAAGAAGAGAUCCUGUACAUCACAGUUCAGAUUGGGUGCAAGAGACAAGGUCUUGCCCGGGUCAUCAUAGGCAGUGGUGGCAAGUGUGUUAUCCCCAUUGCCCAAGAGGCAGAGCAGGAUCUGCGCAAUACCUUCUGCAAUGAGGUGAAACUGAGAUUGAAUGUUGUGUAUGAUCCUGCGCUCAAAAAAAAAUAGUCAAAAUAUCCUAGUUUGACAUUUUAGAAGUUCAGAAAUGUGCAUUUUUUUAUUUGAUCUGAUAUUUUUAUUUUCUUUCUAUUCAUUCUCUCCUUCUCCUCUUUCCAAUAUUGUUUUGAAUUUGAGUUAUUUUAUAAUGAACAAAUUUUUUUUCAAGACCUGUUUGUUAUCCAGAAUAUUGUGUAAAUAUGUAUCUACUGUUGGGAUUUAGAUUUACAUGUUUAGUGAAAAUAGUAAAUCCCAAAUAUGUUAAUAAAAGAAAAUUACUUUGUUAUUUAUUAAUUGAUACAUUAAAAUACCUGAUGAGUU